CAAAUCCCUGGUUUAUCUAACCUUGCCAUUUCAAACUAUUCUCUGCCAUCUACUCAUAUUCUCAUUCUUUCUCUAAUCUUCACCACACCCGUCUCUUUCCAACUCGCAUUUUCUCCCACUCUCUCUCUCUCUCUCUCUCCCUCAAACUUGCACUCUGUCAAGCACUACUUCCAUAAAUUAACAAUAAGAAAACAAAACAAAACAAAACCAAAGCUAACCCAAGAUAAUAGACUCCUUGAGGUGAUUGUGAAGCCAAGAAAGAAAAUCAUGACAGACAGGGUCUACCCUUCCUCCAAGUCCACCGCCAACGGCACCACCACCACCGCCGGCGUAGCCAACCUAUCUUUUCCGGCCACCAAGGGCCAGCUUUACAACGCCAGCCGCCCACCCUACCGUCCUCAACCUCCCCGCCACCACCGCAGACAGCGGAGCUGCUGCUGCUCUUGCUGCCUCUGGACUACCCUCAUCGUCUUCCUCAUCCUCCUCCUCUCCUCCAUCGCCGGCACAAUUUUCUGGGUCCUCUACCGCCCCCACCACCCAACCUUUUCUCUCUCCUCUCUCCAAAUACCCCAAUUCAACCUCACCCCAUCAUCAUCAUCCUCCAAACUCAGCUCCAAGUUCAACCUCACAAUCAACGCUCACAAUCCCAACAAGAAGCUCGAGUUCUUAUACGACCCCAUAUCAGUUUCCAUAUCAGCCGACGGAGUCGAUGUGGGUGAUGGGUCGAUUCCUGGGUUUGUGCAUUUCAGGAAGAACACAACUAUUUUGAGAACAACAAUCGCAUCGAAUGGUCAAAGCAUGGAUAGUACGUCGGUUAGUGUACUGAAAUCGGAUCUGAAGAACAAGAAGAGUUUGCCAAUGAAGAUUGAGUUGGAUACGAAGGUUAAAGUGAAGAUUGGAGGGCUGAAGACUAACAAGGUCGGUGUUAGGGUUUUGUGUGAAGGUAUUAAAGCUGCUGUGCCUACCGGGAAGAAGGCCACUAUGGCGACCACUUCGAAUGCCAACUGCAAGGUUGAUCUCCGGAUCAAGAUCUGGAAAUGGACCUUUUGAUGAUUAUAUUCAGAAAAAAAAAAAAAAAAAAGAAAAA